AUGAGCUUCUAAACAUCCCUUCCUGCUCCGUGGGCAGAGCUUUGGCUGAGCCAGCUGCCAUCUCUUUGUGUCCAAAUCCAACUGUGGGAGAACAAGGGGAGAAGGUGACUCUGCUUCAGCCACAGCUGGUCUCCUGCAGGUGGAAUAACAGCCCAGCUGUCCCUUUCCUUCCUCAUGGAUUCAGAGAACAAAACCCAAGGGACAGAAUUCAUCCUCCUUGGUUUCUCCAGCCUUCUGAGCCACCAGGUCCACUUUUUCUUGGUGUUCCUGGCUGCCUAUUUGGCCACGCUGAUGGGCAACCUCAUGAUCAUAACCCUGAUUCUCCUGGAUUCCUGUCUUCACACCCCCAUGUACUUCUUCCUCAGCCAGCUCUCCUGCUUGGAUGUUUGCCUUUCUUCUGUGGUGGUACCAAAGAUCUUGGUAAACUUCCUACGCCAAGAACAGACCAUCUCCUACAACCAAUGUCUGGCACAAGCCUUCUUCCUUAUUGGCUUUGCAGGAUGUGAGCCGGCCCUGCUGUCCGUCAUGGCCUAUGACCGCUAUGCUGCCAUCUGCCAACCUUUGCACUAUGCCCAUCUGAUGAGGGGCAAGUUGUGUGCCCAGCUGUCUGUGGCCAUUUGGCUCUGGGGCUUCCUGGACUCAGCUAUCUACACUGCCCUGGCUUCCAGGUUAGAGUUUUGUGGAAACCACCUGAUUCCUCAUAUCUUCUGUGAUGUUCCUCCAUUACUGAAAAUUGCCUGCAGUGACACCUCGGUCAAUGAGUUAUCCACUCAUAUCACGGGCACCUUGGUGGGUCUCAUCCCUCUUCUGCUCAUCGUCCUGUCCUAUUUCUACAUUUUGUCUUCCAUUCUGCAAAUCCGCUCCAGGAUCGGCAGGCACAAAGCCUUCUCCACCUGCACUUCACACCUUGCUGUAGUAACACUCUUUGUUGGAAAUGCCUUUGUGAACUACAACCAGCCCCGUGCUGGCUACUCUCUAGAGGUGGACACCUUGAUCUCCACCAUGUUUUGCAUCGUCACCCCCAUGUUGAACCCCUUGAUCUACAGCCUGCGCAACAAGGAGGUGAAGGUGGCCCUGAGGAAGCUUCUCAAAUGCUGGAGAAUAGCAUAGUUUUCAUUCAUUGAUUGACAACAAACAUUUCUUGUGUCUGGGAAGAACCCAUAGAAAAAAUAUUUUUUGCUGUUGGAAACUCUACUCUGCUGUGAGGAUACGAAGAAGGUUUGUUAAGAAAUGCUGAUCUUCUCUGGAAAUGUCUUUA